AUGCUGCCCGAAUUCAAGCGUAGAUGUCUAGCAUUUCUGAGAGAGCAGCCGAUUGAAGCUGAACCUGCGACUGAAAGGCAGGAAUUACUCUUCAUCAUUUUCAUCAUCGCCAUCUUCGGCACACUCGUGAAGUCGAAGUUCCCGGCGCGUCCUCUUCCGUUCACCAGCUUCCUUAGGUGGCCGCCGCAUGACAACCCGUUUUCCUAA